GGGAGGAGCACUGCCUCUCUGGCGCCCCCGCCGCCGCGAUGAGCUUCAGCCGCCUGUGUCGUGUGCUGAAGCCGGCGCUGCUCUGCGGGGCCCUGGCCGCGCCCGGCCUGGCCGGCACCAUGUGCGCUUCCCGCGACGACUGGCGCAGUGCUCACUCCAUGUACGACUUCUCAGCCAAGGACAUCGACGGGCACAUGGUGAACCUGGACAAGUACCGGGGCUACGUGUGCAUCGUCACCAACGUGGCCUCGCAAUGAGGCAAGACGGAUGUAAACUACACUCAGCUGGUCGACCUGCACGCGCGAUACGCCGAGUGUGGUUUACGGAUCCUGGCCUUCCCUUGCAACCAGUUCGGAAAGCAGGAGCCAGGGAGUAACGCAGAGAUCAAAGAGUUCGCCGCUGGCUACAACGUCAAGUUCGACAUGUUCAGCAAGAUCUGUGUGAACGGGGACGAUGCCCACCCGCUGUGGAAGUGGAUGAAAGCCCAGCCCAAGGGGAGGGGCAUGCUGGGAAACGCCAUCAAAUGGAACUUCACCAAGGUAAGGGGGCUGGGGGGCUGGGGGGCAGACCCGAGCACCGUUCCUCAUCGACAAGAACGGCUGUGUGGUGAAGCGGUACGGUCCCAUGGAAGAGCCCGUGACCAUAGAGAAGGACCUGCCGUGCUACCUCUAGCUCCACAAGUGUGCUCCCCCGACCCGAGCCUGUCGCCCGUGCCCCUCGGAGCCUUCCACCCGGCGCCCAUGACGGUCUGCCUGAAAACCAGCCCCUGGUGGGGCAGGCCCGAGAACCCGCGUGCACCCCUGCCGGAGGAAGGCCCCUCGGCGCGGCCCGCAGCUCGGCGCCCCCACCCACCCCUGGCUGCCUUGUGGGAAUAAAACAUACAGUACAAGCUG